AUGGCGAGUAUGACGUUGGAAAUCGCUGCCUUCAUAUUAUCCGUGUCUGGCUUUAUUUUGGUGUCUUCAACUUUGCCCACAGACUAUUGGAAGGUCUCCUCCAUCGACGGUACAGUUAUCACCACGGCCACUUUCUGGGCCAAUCUUUGGAAAACUUGUGUGACAGAUUCCACUGGGGUCUCCAACUGCAAAGACUUCCCUUCCAUGCUGGCCCUCGAUGCAUACAUACAGGUCUGUAGAGGUCUCAUGAUUACUGCUGUUUGUCUAGGAUUUUUUGGUUUCAUAAUUUCAUUGGUGGGGAUGAAAUGUACAAGAAUUGGAGGCUCAGAAAGGAUGAAAGGAAGAAUUGCUGUAUGUGCAGGAGUUCUUUUCAUUUUCUCUGGACUGACAUCCAUAAUUGCUUUUUCUUGGUAUGCAAAUCGAAUUACUGCAGAAUUCUAUGAUCCCAUGAUUAUAGAACAAAAAUAUGAAUUAGGAGCAGCUUUGUUUAUUGGAUGGGCUGGAUCUUCGCUUUCCAUAUUGGGAGGUGCAAUAUUUUGUUUUUCCUUAUCAAAUGGUAAAGAUUCUCCAAGGUAA